AUGUGUAGCAAGUACCAGAACUUUGUACCUGGCUGGUUCCUGGCCCCUAAUUUUUUUUCUAGAUGGAUAAUACCCUGCUUUUUUUUGUCUUUAUCCUCAUUCUAUAUGCUUCAUAUUCUUUUCCUGCGAUGUUUUGUAGCUUGUCUAAAAAUUAUCUGUUUUUCCAUAGCAGAGCCUCAGUACUUAAAAUCUGAUAAAUGGAUUUUCUACUUUGAAAUGGCGCUUGUCACCUGCAACUGCAUUUGCCCCUCGCUCUUGCCUGAUCAACCAAGUUGGAACAAACUGGUUAAGAAGCAAGUGCUCGAGGGGAAUGCUGGGCAGGCAAUUCAAUCAUAUAUAAUGAUGCAAGAGCUUGGUUUCAGUGCUGAUAAUUAUACAUUCCCUGUUCUUCUUAAAGCAGUGGGUAGUGCUUCUUAUCCUUGUACAGGGUUUGUCCUCCAUGGUCAGACAAUAAAAACUGGGUAUUGUAAUCACGUUUAUGUCCAAACUGCUUUACUGGAUAUGUAUGCAUCCUUUCAGCUCAUUGAUGAUGCUCGUAGAUUGUUUGAGAAAAUGCCCGUGAAGGAUUUAGUGGCUUGGAACUCCAUGUUAGAUGCCCAUACCUCUAGUGGUCGGAUGGAUGUUGCAAUGAAACUAUUUGAUUCAAUGCCCGUUAAGGAUCUUUUAUCUUUCAAUAUAAUUGUAUCUGGGUUUGCAGGCACAAAAAGAUUAGAAUCUGCUAGAAGAAUUUUUGAUAAAAUUCCCAUGAAGGACAUCAUCUCAUGGAACUCGAUGAUUUUGGCUUGUACAAAUGCUGGUAAUAUGGUUGAAGCUCGCAAAUUAUUUGAGGAAAUGCCAAAAAGAAACGUCAUAACGUGGAAUACAAUGAUAAGGGGAUAUCUACAGAAUCAACUUUAUGCUGAGGCUGUACAUCUGUUUGAGAAAAUGAAGACAGGAUCUGUAGAACCCGAUUAUUUAACGGUGACUAGUGCUUUAUCUGCCUGUGCCCACUUGAGAUCACUUGAAGUAGGAAGAAGGAUUCACAGUUAUGCUAAAAACCAGGGGCAGGUCUGUAGUCCCCAUGUAGUAACAGCAUUAAUAGAUAUGUAUGCCAAGUGUGGAAGCAUACAGAAUUCCUUAGAGGUGUUCUACAAGUCUCAAAUUAAGGAUAUCUACUGUUGGAAUGCCAUGAUUUCAGGUCUUGCUCUUCAUGGUCAUGGACAGGCUGCUCUUAAACUCUUUGAUGAAAUGAGAGGGAACCACAUAAUGCCAGACGAUAUAACCUUCAUCGGCCUGCUCAGUGCCUGCAGUCACGCAGGGUUGGUGCAGGAGGGCUGUCAACUGUUUGCUUCCAUGGAGAAGGACUUUAAGAUCACCCCCAAAAUAGAGCAUUAUGGUUGCAUGGUUGAUCUAUUAAGUAGAGCCAGGCUUCUUGACAGCGCAUUCCAAUUAAUUAAAAGUAUGCCAUUUGAGCCAGGUGAGUCUAUAUUGGGUGCUUUGCUUAGCGCUUGCGUGAUUCAAAGGGAUCUCAGCACCGGCGAGAAUGUGUUGAAGCUGCUAAUCUCCACGAAGGCCGAUAGCUUGAGUGACGGGGAAUUUAUGAUGUUUUCAAACUUGUAUGCAUCUUGUGGGAAAUGCGAAGAAGCAGAUAAAUGGAGAAAGAUGAUGAAUGAUUCAGGCAUUGUCAAGACUGCCGGCUGCACUGUGAUUGAGAUUAAUGGAAAGUUUCACAAGUUUUUGGCUGGGGAAGUUGGCAAUUCUUACCAAGAUUAAACAAACACUAUCCCAUUUGGUAAAACUGUGUUGAUAAUCAAGCAGUUUUUGCGCCUGCUCACUCGGUAUGCUCCAGCAAAAGAGUUUUGUAUUUUAUCGAUGUGGAUUUGCAUGGUAUGGGAUUGGACUUCAAUUUCAAAAGGUUUUCAGUCGUUUAUCUGCCCUAGUGAAGUUUAUUAGAUAUUUUAUAAAUAUUUAUUGAUGGGGUACCACCUAGUGACAACUAAUGUAUCACUGAAAAUCAUAUUAGUGAAAAAGACACACCCUUUUGUUUUGGACAUCAUAUGCCAUUGGAACAAACAAUGUUACGAAAGUAAUAUAUAGUUAUGCAUAUGUAUUAUUAUAAAGUCAUUAGUGCUUGGAUAUAGUUUUUAUUGACAGAGAUCUUGUAUCUUGAAACUUUCCAAAUCAUAAUGGAUGCCCAGUACAUUUUUGAAAAGUA